AAAAUUACUUACCUCAAAACAAAGAAGGAUGGGCCAUAUGUGGUUUAAUGUACUACCAAGCAGCUGAGCUAGGAAUUAUUCCUUUCAUAAUGGUCCAACAAAAUAAUGGGUUGAGGUGGAAAUUAUUCUGUUGAAUGUGGAGGAAAAAAAAUCAGACUUCCACAGGCAUCUUUUCCUCAGUUCUAUUGAUACGAAUCAAGACAGAAUCAUACAAUUGAAAUCAUGGGGAACAAAGGCAUUUGCAGAGCAAAGGAAUUUUAUAAAAGUCAAGUUUCCAAUCUAGAAUAAGCUGCACAAUUUGAACAUGAAGUAUUGUGGCUUUUAUGGUAUCAGAUCAAUUCAGUUCUGUAUUAGGACAUUAAACAAUGAUGGAGAUGGGGAACAGACAUCUAAUUUUGAAAGUAUAUUUUGAAUUUAAUUUUAAAAAUAUAUCAGCCUUAUUUUUAAAUAGAUUUUGGUGAAUCUAACCUGCUUGGGAUCUAGAUUUAGGAAAACCCUUAGAGGAGAAUACCUGGCAGCCUCUCUGGAAGCAGGGGGAACUCUUAUUGGCCUCCAGGUAGGAAGUACAUCUUUAGCUCUUACACGGGUGGCAUCAGACGCCAAUGAGAAUCUCACAUAUUUCUUGAAAACAUUCAGUGAAUUGUUGGCAAACUGAAGGGAACAGUCAUCUUUGAUGGGAAUCUGAUACACUUUAGAUUUUGGGAAGAACGUUUUCAUAUUUAACUAAUAUGGAAGGUUGAGUUUUCUCCAAAGUUAGGUUCAUUACAUAUGUCUGGUUGUCCAAAUGAAAAACUGCAAAGUAAAAAACUCGUCAGAUUUCUACUUUUAGCCAAAUUAAUUACUGCUAAACAAUGGAAAUCACUAGACACUAUCUUAAUGGAUAGAUGGCAUGAUAAGAUCUGGUCCAUAGCAUUGCUUGAAAAAGUUUCUGAUAAAAUCCGUUGCUUGGCAAUGAAAAGUAGCAAAUAAUUAUAAGGAAUUGUAUGUUUUUGUUGCUUAUACAAGACAUAAGCAUCCUUGUCACUGUCUGUCAGAAAUCAUGGGAAAGUUAAACAUACCAGCAUCAUAUACAUUUUAAAUUUAUUUUUUUUAAAAGGCCUGAUAGUUUGGAACAAUCUAAAACGACUUUUUAAUGCUUUCCCCAUCAUCAAAUGUGUGUUUCUUUAGACAGAACCAUGUUCUAACAAAAUCUGAUCUCUUCCAGUUUGUUUCCACUCCCAGUUCAAAAUGCUUCUUGACACGUGGAAGGGUUCCUCUCUGUAGGCAUCUGCACCAGAAGCCCUUCUGUCUUGGCUGGCUACGACGCCUUCUCCCGCUUGGGGCCCUCGGUCAGGAGAAGGCAAAAUCAAGCCGGUCAUUUAGCUCACGUACCUUCCUUGUCCACCAGUCCCUUGUCACUUUUAUUUCUCAGAAACCUGGGUGGUAUUUGAAGGACUAUCCAACGAUUUAUGUUGUUUGUUCAGGGGAGGGCUCACGGAGGAUGGCGAGAGGUCUGGAAACCAAGCCCUACGCGGGGUCUGGGUAUGUUUAGCUUACAGAAGAGAUGGAGGGGAGAUAGAAGAGCAGGCUUCAAAUAUCUGGAAGAACGAGUAGACUUGUUCUCUCUCGGCCCAGACUAGAACCAUCGGGUUAGAGCAAGUUCAGGAGUGAGGUCUCCCUUGCUGGAGGCCUUCGAAGAGGCUGGAUGAUCACCUCAAAAAGACGUUCUGAGGAGCUCUGAGCUGAGCAGAUAGUUGGACUACAGGACUUCUCAGGUCCCUUUCAGCUCUCAAUUUAUCUUGCAGCAUUUGUUUAUUUCACGAUUUUAUGUUAAACAAUGCAGUUGCUCUUUCUUUUCCUUGUACAAUUGUUACUGGUAAUGCUGUUUUCCCCCUCUCUCAGAUCCCCAUUCUCGGGCCCGUCUUUCCGUGUCAAUACACAAGUUGUGGGGAAAGGAUGCCGGGCGUGACCCGCCGCUGCCCUCCUGAAUUACUAACUUGGUCCCUCUGUCUUCUCCUCGCGCAGGGGAGCAAGGGCCAUUAUCGCUAUCACUGGCAAAGCCACAAUGUCAAGCACAGCGGCGUGGACGACAUGGUCCUCCUUUCCAAGAUCUCAGAAGACGCCAUCGUGGAGAACCUCAAGAAGCGGUACCUGGACGACUUCAUUUUCACAUACAUUGGAUCCGUUCUAAUCUCUGUGAAUCCAUUCAAGCAGAUGCCAUAUUUUGGAGAGAAAGAAAUUGAAAUGUAUCAGGGAGCUGCGCAAUAUGAAAACCCACCCCACAUCUAUGCUCUGGCAGAUAAUAUGUACCGAAAUAUGAUAAUUGACAGAGAGAACCAGUGUGUGAUCAUCAGUGGUGAAAGUGGUGCUGGGAAGACUGUGGGAGCCAAGUACAUCAUGAGUUACAUCUCCAAAAUAUCAGGAGGAGGCCCCAAAGUGCAGCACGUGAAGGAUAUAAUUCUGCAGUCUAACCCUCUCCUGGAGGCCUUUGGGAAUGCCAAGACUGUCCGGAACAACAAUUCCAGCAGAUUUGGGAAAUACUUUGAAAUCCAGUUUAGUCCAGGUGGGGAGCCAGAUGGAGGCAAGAUCUCCAACUUCCUGCUGGAGAAAUCCCGAGUCGUCAUGAGGAAUCCUGGGGAAAGGAGCUUCCACAUUUUUUACCAGCUGAUUGAAGGCGCCUCCAGUGAGCAAAAGACCAGCCUUGGCAUCACCAGUAUGGAUUACUAUCACUAUUUGAGCCUCUCAGGAUCCUACAAAGUGGAAGACAUCAAUGACAAGUCUGAUUUCCAGGAAACUCUGCAUGCCAUGAAUGUCAUUGGGAUCUCUGCAGAAGAGCAGGCUUUGGUGAUCCAGAUUGUGGCAGGGGUGCUUCACUUGGGCAACAUCAGCUUCAAAGAAGUCAGCAACUAUGCUGCAGUGGAGAGCGAGGAGUUUUUGGCAUUCCCGGCUUUCCUCCUGGGAAUUAACCAGUGCCGGCUUAAAGAGAAACUGACCAGCAGGCAGAUGGACAGCAAGUGGGGCGGCAAAUCGGAAUCCAUCAACGUGACCCUCAACGUGGAGCAAGCGUGUUACACCAGGGACGCCUUGGCCAAAGCACUUCACGCCAGGGUCUUUGACUUCUUGGUGGACUCCAUCAAUAAGGCGAUGGAAAAAGAUAAUCAAGAGUAUAAUAUUGGUGUCCUGGACAUCUACGGCUUUGAAAUAUUUCAGAAAAACGGGUUUGAGCAAUUUUGCAUCAAUUUUGUCAAUGAAAAGCUGCAGCAGAUCUUUAUUGAGCUCACCCUGAAGGCAGAGCAGGAGGAAUACGUUCAGGAAGGGAUUCGUUGGACGCCCAUUGAUUACUUCAACAACAAAAUUGUCUGUGACCUCAUCGAGAACAAAGUGAACCCACCUGGCAUCAUGAGCAUCCUGGAUGAUGUCUGCGCCACGAUGCAUGCGGUCGGGGAAGGGGCAGACCAGACACUGCUGCAGAAGCUGCAGAUGCAGAUCGGGACUCACGAGCACUUCAACAGCUGGAAUCAGGGCUUCAUCGUCCACCAUUAUGCUGGAAAGGUUUCGUAUGACAUGGAUGGAUUCUGUGAGAGGAACCGAGAUGUUCUGUUCAUGGACUUGAUUGAACUUAUGCAAAGCAGCGAAUUGCCUUUUAUAAAGGCGCUGUUUCCAGAGAACCUGCAAGCCGAUAAGAAAGGCCGACCCACCACCGCCGGCAGCAAAAUCAAGAAACAAGCCAACGACCUGGUGGGCACCCUGGUGAAAUGCACCCCCCAUUAUAUCCGCUGCAUCAAGCCCAACGAAACCAAAAAGCCUCACGACUGGGAGGAAAGCAGGGUCAAGCACCAAGUGGAGUACCUGGGGCUCAGGGAAAACAUCCGAGUUCGCCGAGCAGGUUACGCCUACAGACGAGUGUUCCAAAAAUUCCUGCAGAGGUAUGCCAUCCUGACCAAAGAGACCUGGCCUUUUUGGAAGGGAGAUGAAAAACAGGGCGUUCUCCACCUGCUCCAUUCCGUAAACAUGGAUCCUGACCAGUACCAGCUCGGGAGGACUAAAAUCUUCAUCAAAGCACCAGAGUCUCUAUUUCUGCUGGAGGAAAUGAGGGAACGAAAGUAUGAUGGCUAUGCGCGGGCCAUCCAGAAGGCUUGGAGGAAACACAUCGCGAGGAAGAAAUAUGUACAAAUGAGAGAAGAAGCCUCAGAUCUGCUGCUGAACAAGAAAGAGAGGAGGCGGAACAGCAUCAACAGGAACUUUGUGGGGGACUAUAUUGGCAUGGACGACCAUCCAGAGCUACGCCAAUUUGUGGGCAAGCGGGAAAAGAUAGAUUUUGCUGACAUCGUCACCAAGUACGACAGGCGAUUUAAGGGCAUCAAGCGAGACCUCAUUCUCUCUCCUAAAUGUGUGUAUCUGAUUGGGCGUGAAAAGGUGAAGCAGGGACCAGAUAAAGGCCUCGUGAAGGAGGUUCUCAAGCGGCGGAUUGAAGUGGAGAGGAUCCUCUCUGUCUCACUAAGCACAAUGCAGGAUGACCUUUUUGUCCUACACGAGCAAGAGUAUGACAGUCUCCUUGAGUCUAUCUUCAAGACCGAGUUUCUGAGCCUUUUGUCAAAGCGCUACGAGGAGAAGACGCAGAGGCGGCUACCUCUUAAGUUCAGCAACACACUCGAGGUGAAGCUGAAGAAGGAGAACUGGGGGCCGUGGAAGGCUGGUGGCUCUCGCCAAGUGCAGUUCAGUCAAGGUCAGGGAGACGUGGCCGUUCUCAGGCCGAGCAAUAAAGUGCUGCAGGUCAGCAUCGGGCCUGGACUGCCAAAGAAUGCCCGACCCACCAGAAGGGACAGGACCCAGCCUGGAGGGCUUCCCAGCAAGAUGCCGGGCCAGAACUAUCCGAUGCGGGCUGCUCCCCCGCCCCCCGGUCUACAGAAUGGAGUGAUAAAGAUCCAGCAACACCCCCUGCACCCUUCGGGCCUAGCAAGCCAACGGGCUAGUCAGAAGAGCCUGUACACCUCCAUGGCGUGCCCACCACUGCCACGGGUCUCGGGGGGAUCUGGCAGGAUAUCCCAGCAGCCCAGCAACCUGGACUUCCUCAGAGUGCCAGAGCAAGGUGCCGCCGGUGCCCGCAGGCAGACGACGAGCCGACCCCCACCUGCUGGGGGCAGACCCAAGCCCCAGCCCAAGCCCAAGCCUCAGGUACCCCAAUGCAGGGCACUGUAUGCCUACGAUGCGCAAGACACAGACGAGCUCAGCUUUAAUGCCAACGACAUCAUUGACCUCAUCCGAGAAGAUCCCUCAGGCUGGUGGACAGGCAGAUUAAGAGGCAAACAAGGACUCUUUCCCAAUAAUUAUGUGACCAAGGUAUAACUCUGUCCCGAGAAGCCCUGGAGCAGCUCCAAGAUGCCCGGCGAGACGCUUUCCAACCCCGUGAGCUAUGCGGGAAGCUGCCGCUGUAAGCAAAGUCUAGAACGUGGGUCUUCCGUUCCUCCGCGAGGUUAAAAAGAGGAUGCGUCUGCUUUACGAGAAGCCAAAGCCCACAAAGCCAGGGAUUUAUUUAUUUUAUUUAACUCUUUUUCUUGUGAAGAGGAAUGUGUUCAAAUUACAUUCCGUUGUUUUUUAAAAAGCAGAGUUCUGGAAAGCAUCAGAUGCUCUGUGACAGAUUUAGAAGAGCUACGGGGGGCGGGUUUUUCGUUCCAUUUCUCAAGUGCCUCUAGUUGCCGUGCUGUUUCUUCUGAAUUAUCUAACAAAGCAGUGGCGGUCUAUGCACAUUUCCUCUGUGGACAGCUUCGCAGAGGAAAGAGAGUCUGCUGCUAGUCCUCUUUGAAGUGGAAGGGUUCUCUCUCUUUGGGACCUGGCACCAUCUCCUCCUUCCCCAGGCAUACGCACCCUCUCUCCUACAGCCUUGUCUAGGUGCGCUUGCGACUCCAGAAAGGCACCAGGACCAAAGGAAGACAGUAUUCUACGCUGCAAAUAGUUUGUUCUGAUCCAUUACGGUGGCUGGUCCACGUUGACUUUUGUUUUUGCUCUACGUGCACGCCCUCCCUCGCCCUCCUAACCCGGCCCCAGCUGCCCUUUGCCUCCAGGAAGCUGUACGCUCCGGUUACUGAUUUCAUCCGGGGCACGUUUAAAAAGGAGUCAGAGGCAAAGCUGUACUAAUAUGCACAACAAUUAGGUGGCUUGGAAUAUCAUCUGGGACCCAGGUACCUUGUCAUAGCAACUAGUAAAGAACGUCAGCAUUAAGAAGAGCUUCCAAGGCUGGCCUGCGCUGCCGUUGGCCCCCUGCAUGGUGGCUUAAUUGCUCCCCUCCCAUCAAUAAAAACGUAGAAACUA